CGUUUGCACCCCGAUUGAAGGUUUCCAUCAUAUCAACUCGCCACGAUUUAAAAUACAGUCUAGAUUUCGUAUUUGACUGCAUAUGUAUCUCUUGAAAUACAAUCCCGGCGUUGACGUGGUUGGUCUGGGAGGUAGAAAUGUGCAUGUGAAUCACUAUCCCUCUAUUACUUCUUUCACCGUACUUGAGCUUUGUCAAGCCACUCUUAUGCAUGGACGAUGAGAGCAACUAUCAUAUUUUCGGUCUUUAAUAGAGUACGAAAUAUUAUUGAAUAGGCCGAUCAUUCACCAUGAUAUAGCGAGUAGUAUGGCUUAGACCCUGCUCCCUGUCGUCGUUGGCUAGCUCCGACCCCUGCUCGCUACUAGACUACCCCUCCAGACUUCAGCAUCGCGCCCCACUACAACACAACAAGCCACAAAACACACCCUCCCCAGCUCUCACCACCCUCCAGCUCAUCCACCUCCAGCCAUGCCUCAACAAGGCUCCAAGAUUGUCGAUCCCGACGCCACCGCUGAAGCAACCGCCGAAGCCGUCGCCGAAUCCAGCACACAAGGCCAAAAUGCCCACGAGUCCGACGACGACAGCGGCGAAGAGCCCACCGAGGCGGUAGAAGGUGCCGAGGGUGCCACCCAAAAGAAGAAGAGGAGCCGGAGAAAGAAGGUCAAGGAUGCUCUCACGGGAUCCUCCUCCAAAACCCCAGACAUUGCCUCCACCAGCGCACCUGCCAGCCAGCAUCUCAGCAAUGACCAGCUUAAUAUGCUGCUCGAGUCCAAUCCGGCGCUCAAGAACGAGCUAUUGUCCAAGUCCAAGGGCAAGGACGAUCUCCAGAAUAUGUUGCGAAGCCUCAACAUCAACGAGAUGAUGACGGGUCUGUCGGCCGGGGGCAAGAAUGUAAAGGACAUGGCUAGCUAUUCCUUCUGGAAGACUCAACCAGUCCCAAGCUUCGAGGAAAUGGCCGCGGGCAGGGACAAAAUCGUGGACGGUGCUAUCAAGGAAAUUGACAUCGACCGCGUUCCCAAGGAGCCUUAUGGGCUGUUGGAGGGCUUCGAAUGGGUGACAAUGGAUCUGGACGACAGCAAGCAGCUGGAUGAGGUCUACGACCUGCUUUACAACCACUACGUCGAGGACCAGGAGGCCAUGUUCCGCUUCCGGUACUCACCCUCUUUCUUGGAAUGGGCCCUCAAAGCACCCGGCUGGAAGAAGGACUGGCAUGUGGGCAUCCGCGCAACCAAGUCGCGCAAGCUGGUUGCCUUCAUCUCCGGCAUUCCUCUGCACCUGCGCGUCCGCGACAACGUCUUAAACUCAUCCGAGAUCAACUUUCUUUGCGUACACAAGAAGCUGAGGUCGAAACGCUUGGCGCCUGUGCUGAUCAAGGAAAUCACUCGUCGCUGCUAUGUUCACGGCGUCUUCCAGGCCGUCUACACCGUUGGCUCGCUUCUCCCCACCCCCGUUUCCACCUGCCGAUACUUCCAUCGCUCUCUCAACUGGGAGAAACUAUACGAUGUUGGUUUCUCGCCUCUCCCGCAUGGCAGCACCAAGCAGCGCCAGAUCAUUCGGUAUAAACUACCCGAGGCGACGCUCACACCUGGUCUGCGCGAGAUGGAGGCCAAGGAUGUCGACACGGUGGUGGAUCUGCUGCAACGCUACCUCAAGCGCAUGAAUAUGGCGCAAGAAUUCUCCACGGAGGAGUUCAAGCACUGGAUGUUCCCGUCAGAGAAGCCAAAGGAGCAAGUCGUCUGGACUUAUGUGGUGGAAGAUCCCGACUCCAAGAAGGUGACCGACUUCUUCUCCUUCUACAAUCUCGAGAGCACCGUCAUCGGACACAAGAAACACGAUGCGAUCAAAGCGGCCUACCUGUUCUACUAUGCGACCGAGACGGCGUUCGGCGGUAAGGAUGAUGCAUUGAAGACGAGGCUGAACAGCCUAAUGAAGGAUGCUUUGAUUCUCGCAAAGAAGGCCGACUUUGACGUCUUCAAUGCAUUGACGCUACUUGACAACCCUCACUUCCUCGAGGAGCAGAAAUUCGGCGCCGGCGAUGGUAACCUUCACUACUAUCUCUACAACUACCGUGCAGCACCCAUUCCCGGUGGUAUUGACGCGCGCAAUCAUCCUAGCGUCAAGCAGACUGGCGGCGUAGGUCUGGUUAUGCUCUAA